CCCGCCCCGCGGCGGGGCCUGGCGGCGGUUUUCAGCCGGGCGGCGGCCGGCCGCUCGUACUCGGCGGUCCGUGCGCGGCGGGCCAUGCCGUGCGGGCAGGCGUGCAGCGGCGCCGUCCCUGCGCUCUACGUGGUGGGGGUGGACGUGGGCAGCACGGCGGUGAAGUGUCACGUCUAUGACCAGGCGGCCGCCGUCAGAGGCUCUAGCUGCAGGAAGGUGGAGUCGCUGUAUCCCCGUCCCGGAUGGGUCGAACUGGAUCCCGAAGUUCUGUGGAGUCAGUUUGUCGGCGUCGUAAAAGAGGCUGUGCAAGCUGCAGGACUUCACAUGAGGCAAAUUGCUGCUCUAGGCAUCUCAACACAAAGGUCCACUUUCAUCACAUGGCACAAGAGGACAGGGAAGCCUUUUCAUAAUUUCAUAAGCUGGCAAGACUUAAGAAGUGCUGAGCUUGUGAAUUCCUGGAAUAGGUCCCUUCUGCUGAAGGUAAUCCAUGUUAUUUUUACAGUGCUUCAUUUCUUUACUGGAAAUGAUCGAUAUUUGGCUCCAAGUUUUCUUACUUUUUCUACACACCAGACUUCUAUGAAGUUGUCAUGGGUUUUUAAAAACAUACCUGAGGCUGAUGAAGCUGCCAAAAAGAAUAACUGCUGCUUUGGAACAGUGGACACGUGGUUACUGUAUAGAUUGACUAAAGGUUCUGUAUUUGCUACGGAUUACUCAAAUGCCAGUUCUACAGGUGUUUUUGAACCCUUUACGAAAUGUUGGAACCCCACUUUGUGUAAUUUACUUUCCAUUCCAAUGUCUAUUUAUCCUCCAGUGAAAGACACAAGCUUCAAUUUUGGAUCGGCUGACUCUGAAAUAUUUGGGGUACCUAUUCCAAUAAUGGCAUUGGUAGCUGACCAGCAGUCAGCAAUGUUUGGAGAAUGCUGCUUUCACCCAGGAGAUGUUAAACUUACCAUGGGAACAGGUGGUUUCUGGAAUGUUAAUACAGGAAGGAAUCUCUUUGCGUCACACAGGGGUCUGUAUCCACUGAUUGGUUGGAAGAUUGGGGAAGAAGUUGUUUACUUAACUGAAGGCUCGAUGUCAAACAUUGGCACUACCAUAAAAUGGGCUCAGGAUAUAAAUCUUUUCACCAAUGUAGAUGAAACAGCAAAAAUGGCACGGAGUGUUGUUGAUUCUCAAGGCGUUUGUUUUGUUCCAGGUUUUCAGAUUUCUGCAAAUGACCCAUAUUUAUGUGCCUCUUUCAUGGGGCUGAAACCUACUACUACCAGAAACCACCUUGUACGAGCUAUCCUGGAAUCUGUAGCUUUCAGAAACAAACAGCUUUUUGAUAUCAUUGUGAAGAAGGUAUGCAUUCCUCUUGGAACUGUUCGAGCUGAUGGAGGUGUCAGUAAUAACAGUUUUGUCAUGCAGAUGACUUCAGAUUUGAUUAAUAAGAAAAUAGAAAAGCCUUCAAAUACAGAUAUGUCUAGUCUUGGUGCAGCUUUUCUAGCAGGUCUUGCAUCAGGACUUUGGACUGACAAAGAACAGCUAAAGAAGCUGAGGCAAGUAGAAACAGUUUUUGAGCCCCAGAAGGACGUGGAGGAGUACAAACCUGCUAUGGACAUCUGGAUGCAAGCGGUGAAAUGCUCCUUGCACUGGUAGAAAUUGACAUUUUGGUGACAGAAGGAAGCAAACUUACAAGAUUCUGUAGUUAACGGAAUGGUAAAAAUUGUAACUGAAAUUUGCGAUCGUAUAUAAAAGUUAUAAGGCCCUUCGGUAACCUUCCUGCUGCUAGAUAACUUAACACUCCAGAAUGAACCUUCAUAUCAUCCUUACAACAGCUGUAGUCCAGAUGCAGCAUUUGUGUCCCUUCAGUGACCCCCCUUUGGGUGGCCCAACUGCUCAAAUCCCAACUGCUUGAACCCAUAUAUUAUAUAUUGGGAGUUUUUUCCUAUGAUGUGUUUUCCACUGAGGAACUCACCUCCCUCUGAUCUUUAAAAGCUCUGAUAUGUUAACCGUCAAGGAAUCUAAAAAGGGACGUAUGCUUCCCUAGGUAUUUCUAAGAAAAGUAAAAUAAUUAUGUGGGGGGGGAUGGGAAAUUGAUUAUGUACCAAGAUACUGUCUUGAUAGUAGCCUUUACCACUUUGAUUGACUUUGUAGGAAGCAUUUGGCCUAGCUGUGUGAUGACAUUUUUGUGGUGCCUCAGGAUUAGCAUGAAACUAAGAUGAAAAACAAAAGCAAAUAUGCUUUCAAAACUCCUUAAAAGAUGCUUCUUUCCAGGAUUUUUGUAUCUGAUGUUUUGUAGCUACAUUUUUAAAAUUUUAUGAAGGCAAAAACUGCAUUAUAUGGCACGAUUAUCAUGAAUGUUAGCAUACCUGUAACUACAUUUAACUUGUAAAAGUCUGUAACAUUAGUAUUUUCAAGCCCAUCACUACAUCCUCUUAUUACUUGGAAAAACAGGGUUGAAUGUCUAUUUUUGAAGUUAAUACUUUUAUAUUUUUAAAAUAAACUGUAACUGAAGAAACAUGUAAUUAA